ACCGGCACAGAUAUCCCAUUCGUUGAUACUACACAUCCACAGUAUACGCAGCCUCCACUCAGCUUAUUUUGCCCAUGCCUUCCAAACUCAUCGACGGCAGCACCCUCGAAGGCGGCGGUCAAAUCCUCCGCAACAGCGUCGCUCUCGCCGCGCUCCUCUCCACGCCCCUCUCCAUCCACAACAUCCGCGCCAACCGCUCUCAGCCCGGUCUCAAAUCCCAGCACGCCGCAGGCCUUCGGCUCGCUGCUGAGAUCAGCAGCGCUCGACUUAGUGGCGCGUCCGGGGCGUCCAGGGCGUUGACAUCUGAGUCUGACGUUUCCAUCGGCUCGACCGAGGUCGACUUCAUACCGGGUAGGAUAAGAACUGGCAUCGAAUACACAGGAGACGCCAUCACAGCCGGCUCGACGACUUUGCUCCUGCAAAUCGCGCUCCCAAUGCUCGUAUUCAGCCACGAGCCCCAACCAACCAAACUCACCCUCCUCGGCGGCACGAACGCGACGCAGGCGCCCCAAGCAGACUAUGCCCAGCACGUCCUCUUGCCUUUCUGCCGGCAGACAUUUGGCCUCGACGCAGACCUGGCCAUCCCGCGAAGGGGCUACUACCCCAAGGGCGGCGGUCGGCUGGAGGUUACAAUUCGCCCAGUGACGGGCCCGCUGAGACCGGUGACACUCCUUAGACGCGGGAAGGUCCAGCGCGUCCGCGGCAUCGCCCACGUUGCCGGCGUGCCGCGCUCCCUCGCCGAGCAAAUGGCGCAGGGUGCGCGGAAUGUGCUACGCACUCUUCCCGAGCUCGAGAAUAUCGACAUCGACAUCGAGUGCACGCGCGAGCGCAACGACAAUACCGCGGGCGCCGGGAGCGGGAUCGUGUUGUGGGCCGAGCUCGACGGCGGAGGUAUCCUCGGCGGAAGCGCAGUGGGCAAAAAGGGCGCGAGUGCCGCUUCAAAGGGGGAAGAGGCCGCUGGAGAACUUCUCAAAGCCUUGGACAACGGCGGAUGCGUGGACGAGUGGCUGCAGGAUCAAGUGAUCAUCUUCAUGGCUCUGGCUGGCGGCGAAAGCGCUCUCAACAUCGGGAAGGACUUGACGUUGCAUACAAAAACAGCAAUAUGGGUAGCAGAACAACUCACCGAUGCCAAAUUCACAGUCGAGGUGAACGAAGGAAUGCAUGUUAUUCAAUGUCAAGGCAUCGGAUACACCGCGCCCUCUGCGUGA